AUGGCGGUCAAGGUGCAGGCAACCAGAAGAGCAGACCCACAGGACCUGAAGAGGAUCUUUCUGAAGUAUGCAAGUGUGGUGGAAGAUGGCGAGAAUUACAUGAGCCCCAGGGACUUUGUACAGAGCUACCUAGGUCUGCACACACAGCCUCAACAUAACCCUAAAACGGUGGACCUUAUUGCCGGAGUAGCUGACACCACUAAAGAUGGACUGAUCUCUUUCCAGGAGUUUGUGGCAUUUGAGUCCGUGCUCUGCUCCCCAGAUGCCCUGUUCAUCGUUGCCUUUCAGUUGUUUGACAAGAAUGGCACAGGAGACAUCUCAUUCGAGAAUGUGCGUGACAUCUUCAGCCAGACCACAGUGCACCACCACAUCCCCUUCAACUGGGACUGUGAGUUCAUCAGGCUACACUUCGGCCAUGAAAGAAAGAAGCGUCUCAGCUACCCAGAGUUCACCCAGUUUCUACAGGAGCUGCAGCUGGAGCAUGCCCGCCAGGCUUUCUUACAGAAGGACAAGAACAAGAGCGGCACCAUCACUGCACUGGACUUCAGCGACAUCAUGGCCACCACUAGACACCACAUGCUGACUUCGUUUGUAGAGGAGAAUUUGGUCUCGGCUGCAGGAGGAACUACCUCUCACCUGGUGAGCUUUUCCUACUUCAACGCCUUCAACGCCCUGCUUAACAAUAUGGAGCUGGUCAGCAAGGUUUACAGCACUGUCGCCGGCACGUACAAAGACAUGCUGGUCACCAAAGAGGAGUUCACUCACGCCGCCAAUAGGUUUGGCCAGAUCACGCCGAUGGAGAUCGACAUCCUCUUCCAGCUGUCCGGUCUCCAUUCUCACUCCGGACGGCUGAACCUCACGGACAUUGAGAGGAUAGCGCCGCUGGAGGAAGGCGCCAUGCCGUACCACCUAGCCGAGGCCCAGAGACAGCACGCUCACGAAACGUCUCGGCCCAUCUGGCUCCAAGCUGCUGAGUCUGCCUACAGGUUCAGUCUGGGCUCAAUCGCUGGAGCCACCGGUGCAACGGCUGUGUACCCGAUCGACCUGGUGAAGACCCGCAUGCAGAACCAGCGGUCCACAGGCUCCUUCGUAGGAGAACUGAUGUACAAGAACAGCUUUGAUUGUGCCAAGAAAGUACUCCGAUACGAGGGCGUCUUCGGAUUCUACAGAGGUCUCCUGCCGCAGCUCAUUGGCGUGGCCCCCGAGAAGGCUAUCAAACUCACGAUGAACGACUUUGUACGGGACAAGUUCACCUCGCAAGAUGACACCAUUCCCCUGGCUGCAGAGAUCCUCGCUGGCGGAUGUGCUGGAGGUUCCCAAGUUAUUUUCACCAACCCUCUUGAGAUUGUAAAGAUCCGUCUGCAGGUGGCCGGAGAGAUCACCACGGGGCCCCGGGUCAGCGCCCUGAACGUUGUGAGAGACCUGGGCUUCUUUGGCCUCUACAAGGGAGCGAAAGCCUGCUUUCUGCGCGACAUCCCCUUCUCCGCCAUCUACUUCCCCGUGUACGCCCACACCAAGGAGAAGCUGGCAGAUGAGCAGGGGAGGCUGGGAGCGGCGCAAUUGCUCACCGCUGGAGCCAUCGCAGGUGUGCCGGCCGCUUCGCUGGUAACCCCUGCUGAUGUCGUAAAGACCAGGCUCCAGGUGGCGGCUCGGGCGGGCCAGACCACGUACACCGGAGUCACCGACUGCUUCAGGAAGAUCCUGAAGGAGGAAGGUUUCAGGGCGUUGUGGAAGGGCGCGGGAGCCCGCGUCUGCAGAUCUUCGCCUCAGUUUGGCGUAACCCUGGUGACCUACGAGCUGCUACAGAGAUGGUUGUACAUCGACUUCGGAGGACACCGUCCCACUGGAUCUUUGCCAACUCCUAAGUCCAGGAUUGAGGACCUCCCCUCCGUGACCGCAGACCAUGUGGGCGGCUACUGCUUCGCCGCCGCCACCUUUGCCGGCGUAGAGAGCAAAUUUGGUCUGCACCUGCCCAAGUUCAAGUCUUCUGGAGCGGUGGCGAUCGGCGCCACCGAGCCAAAAAAGGACCCGCAGGCCUCGUGAGCGGUCUCUCCUCUCGCCGUGCGGACGGCGAGGGUCGCAUGUACCUCGAGCCCAAUGCCCUUAAAACUACACCCGCCCGUAUCCCUCCAAAAGUUUUAUUUGAAAAAACAAAAACAAACAUCCGGCUUCGUUAAUAUGCAUUGCGACAGCGGUCUUGCGUAGAAUGCUGCAUGACUCUGGCUUUUAAACUCUUCUUUGCAAAGCUUGCACAUGAUUGUUGUACAUACUGUACUUCUGUGGAGGG